AAGAACCUACGUCAAAACCAUUGAAUCCACAUGGAAAGCAGCCAUAAGUAGUACUCAGCCAGGCUUAUACGCAUGUCCUAAAGUAUUUCAAAACAAUCUAUACUAAAACAUAAGGUUAAUAGACCCAGGGGCUGGCGAGAUAUCAAAACUAUACAGCCGCGAAAAGGCUGAAAAGUCGACGUUGCCAUAAUACUUCACAACAUCUUCAAAGCCAUAAGAUUAGAUCUUGGUUCACCAUACAGUAUGAUUCACCAAUCCGUUUGCGAGUCCUGCUCAAUAACAUGGACAAAAGUCAACAGAAAAGUUUACAAGUUCCAGUCGGUUGUAUUCAACGAAGAAAACGAGAACUCAAAUGAAGGCUUAAGAUCCAGCGAAAAGCAAUGUUUAGGACAUUCAAAAAUAACUGCACCUACACACUGGAAGGACAUUUAUGGAGAAUAUCUCGGAGAGGGAAACGACUUAACAAAACCAAAAAUARAYGCACAAACGAUGCCUSAAACGGACUGCAAAACCUCGAAACAGGCAGCGAAGAAAGACGAAAGACGAGUCCACUUUGAGGAAGGUUUAAAAGACUGUAAUGGACAGGAACAGAAAGAGAAAAGUUUUCAGAAAUGUUUACCAGAUUGCUAUUUGUGUCGCUCUCUCAAUACCAGGAAAACGUCUCCCCCUUAUCAAGUACUUCCAGAUGAAGAAACUUGAUUUUUGAAGAAGACAGAAAUUAGAAGUCACUUAUUGUUGAAAGAGCACGUCAAGCACCUCUAAAUCUGAGAUUAGCCACAAUGAUACAGUGGAACGAUGAUUAGAAACAAGAGAAACUAACUCUGCUUUAUACCAACCAAAUAUGAACCAUUACCAAAAAUGGUAUCCAGUUACCAAAUAUGGAAAUCAUAUUGAAUUCAUUCUAAAUAUGGAAUCAAUUACCAAAAAUGGUAUCCACUACCAAAUAUGGAAUUCAUAUUGAUUUCAUUUCUAUAUAUGGAAUCCAUUACCAAAAAUGGUAUCCACUACCAAAUAUGUAAUUCAUGUUGAUUUCAUUUCUAAAAAUGGAAUCCAUUACCAAAAAUGGUAUCUCAAACAUUGAAUUCAUGUAUAAAUAUGGAAUUUAUUGCCAAAUAUGGUAUCAAGCUCCAAACAUGAUUUUCAAAUUACAAAUUAUCACCAAAAUCAUCACAAAUUCAUUACCAAAAACCCACACACAAAUAAAGCAAGAAAAAUAAUCAAAAUAAUGACAAAUUUAGGCAACAUAUUUAUAUGUUAACAGUUGCAGGAUUAUGAUUUUAUGUCUGUUGUGUAUUUAUAAUAUUUAUCAAUAUUGAUCAUUAAUGCAUAUUAAUGUAUAGCUAUUAAUGUACAUAGUAUAUUUAUAUAGCAUUCCAGUGAUAUUAUUGAAUAGCAUUUUAGCAACAACAAAUGUUAGCAAUAAAAUAUUUACAAAAAC